CAGACAUCCUAGCAGCAGACGAACAAAAGUGACAGAGGAGGCCAUCAUCUUUAUUCGGUUGAGUGUUGUUUUUUCACGGAACAAGCGAUUUAUCGAACGUGUGAAUUUUCGUGAAAAACGGUAGCGAUAACAAGCCAGUUGCUGCAUUUCCGCGUUUAAACAGUUUCUCGUGACGUGCAAAAGUCUUCCAGUAAAUUCUACCGUGAAUAUUUUCAAAAACGGGAAACAAAUUUCACGAAGAGAAAAAAGCAAAAAAUAGGUGUCUACGUUUGUGCCCUGAUGGAUGACCUGUUUCCCAAGCCCAGUUGGUGUUUUCAUGAAAUUUUAUUCUAUUCUUUUGUUUCCGAAAACAGCUGGUAGAAUUUUAGUUAAUUGGGAUUGGGAAGUGCAGUUUUGAUUUGCUCAGAUGUGUUGCGUGUUUGCAAAUGGAUGGGGCCAGAGUCGAGCAAUAUUGAUUGCCUCAUAAUGGCGUUUUGCUAAGGCCAAAUUGCGAAGCGAAAGGGAAGAAGUGAAACGAUUUUUCAUCAAAGCGGAGUUAUGAAAUUAACGGAACUCCAGUGAGACAGUAAUGUGUUUGUAGUGUAUUUUCCAGUUUGCAUCCAGUCCAGACGGGGCUGAUAGUGGCCAUUGCUGUUUCCGUUGCUUGCAGUUGAUUGCCCCCGGGGGCGAUUAGGGAGGGGGCAGAAGAUCAUUUUGCUUAUUAGGCAAUCAUUGAAUCACUUCAAAGUGUUGGGACCUAGUUCCAAUGUGUCUGCCUUCCGGUUUCCGGAGCAAGGUCAGAAAAGCUGGAACCGACUGACAUUGGUUUGUGGGAAAUGUCCUCCUCGGCUGGACAUCAUCAUCUAACAACGCUCCAGGUGGGCAGUAACAGUUCCACCGGAAGUAACGUUACGGUCAACGGAAACCGAUCGAUGCUAGCGGUUAACUUGGAGGCAGCGGUAAUGGCCAACGAUCCACUGCGGGAUCUAUUUGAAGCGUGCAAAACCGGCGAUCUGGUUAAAGUGAAGAAGCUGAUCACAUCGCAGACGGUCAACGCGCGGGACACUGCUGGGAGGAAGUCUACCCCACUGCACUUUGCUGCUGGUUAUGGUCGCCGUGACGUGGUCGAAUUUCUUCUAACCAACGGAGCAUCGAUUCAAGCUCGUGAUGAUGGCGGCCUGCACCCGCUACACAACGCCUGCUCUUUCGGGCAUGCUGACGUCGUACGUCUGCUGUUGGAAGCCGGUGCCAAUCCGAACACUAGGGACAAUUGGAAUUACACUCCUUUGCAUGAGGCAGCCAGCAAGGGAAAGGUAGAUGUUUGCAUUGCACUGCUACAACAUGGCGCAGAUCCUAAUAUAAGGAAUUCGGAAAAUAAAAUUCCGUUGGAUUUGGCAGACUCCUGUACAAGCCCCGUACUGACUGGCGAGUACAGAAAGGAUGAACUGCUGGAAGCGGCUCGAUCCGGUUCGGAAGAACGUCUGUUGGAACUGUUAACACCACUGAAUGUGAACUGUCAUGCAAGUGACGGGCGUAAGUCCACCCCACUUCAUCUGGCUGCCGGUUACAAUCGUAUACGGGUCGUACAGAUUCUGCUGCAGCAUGGUGCCGACGUUCAUGCCAAGGACAAAGGCGGUCUUGUACCGCUGCACAAUGCCUGUUCCUAUGGUCACUUUGAAGUGACCGAACUGUUGAUCAAAAAUGGUGGCAACGUUAACGCCAAUGAUCUCUGGGCUUUCACCCCGUUACACGAGGCGGCAUCCAAAAGCCGUGUCGAAGUAUGCAGUCUGCUGCUUGCCGAGGGAGCUGAUCCGACGCUAUUAAACUGCCAUAACAAGUCGGCUAUCGAUUCAGCGCCGACACGGGAACUGCAGGAAAAAAUUACAUAUGAAUACAAGGGGCACUGUGUGCUGGAUGCUUGUCGUCAGGCUGAUAUUCAACGACUGAAAAAGAACCUCACAGCCGAAAAUGUCAACUUUGUACACCCGUACAGUGGGGACACACCAUUGCAUGCAGUAUCCCACUCGGUGUACCCGAAACGAAAGCAAGUUCUAGAGAUUUUGAUUCGUAAAGGUGCUCAGUUGAACGAGAAAAAUAAAGACUUCCUAACACCGCUGCACAUUGCAGCUGAUAAUUCACACUACGAGAUUAUGGACGUGCUUCUGCGUCAUGGUGCCAAGGUGGAUGCGCUCGAUGGACUCGGUCAAACGACGCUACAUCGGUGCGCUAGAGAGGAUAACAUUCAAGCAUGUCGACUGUUGCUGUCGUACAACAUCGACACCAGCAUUGUGUCCCUGCAGGGCUACACUGCUGCCCAGUUAGCGACAGAGAAUGUGCUGAAAAUUUUGCAAGAUCCGCCUUCAGACACAGUCGAUCUAGAGUGCCAACUGUUGGAAGCGGCCAAAGCCGGUGAUCUGGAUACGGUUCGACGGAUUGUGCUUUCCAAUCCGAUGACGGUAAAUUGUCGUGAUUUGGAUGGGCGACAUUCGACCCCACUGCACUUUGCUGCUGGCUAUAAUCGUGUCCCGGUGGUAGAGUUUCUCCUGGAGCACGGUGCAGAAGUUCACGCUUCCGACAAAGGUGGGCUUGUUCCGCUGCACAAUGCCUGUUCCUACGGGCACUACGAAGUGACCGAGCUGCUAGUAAAACAUGGAGCCAACGUGAAUGUAGCCGACUUAUGGAAAUUUACUCCGUUACACGAAGCGGCCGCCAAGGGAAAGUAUGAGAUUGUGAAGUUGCUGAUCAAGCAUGGAGCUGAUGUAACGAAGAAGAACCGUGACGGUGCCACGCCGCUAGAUUUAGUACGUGAAGGUGACCAAGAUGUAGCAGAUUUGCUACGAGGAAACGCAGCGCUUUUAGAUGCAGCGAAGAAGGGCAAUCUGGCUCGUGUUCAGCGACUCGUCGCGCCAGAUAAUAUCAACUGCCGGGAUGCUCAGGGCAGAAAUUCGACUCCACUUCAUUUAGCUGCUGGCUACAAUAAUCUAGAAGUUGCCGAGUAUCUCCUCGAACAUGGCGCUGAUGUAAACGCACAAGACAAGGGAGGUUUGAUUCCCCUGCACAAUGCUUCUUCCUACGGACAUUUGGAUAUCGCAGCUUUGCUUAUCAAACAUAACACUGUGGUUAAUGCUACUGACAAAUGGGGCUAUACCCCUCUGCAUGAAGCAGCCCAGAAAGGACGUACUCAACUGUGUUCAUUACUCCUCGCUCACGGUGCCGAUCCGUUUAUGAAAAACCAGGAAGGCCAAACCAGUUUGGAUCUGGCGACUGCGGAAGACGUCAAGUGUCUUCUACAGGAUGCCAUGGUAGCAUCACAGGCCUCAACGGCCGCCGGUGGCAGUUCGGGAGUUGCCAGCAGUACGUUGAUGGCAACCGCUUGUUCGCCAACAACUGAAACAGUUACAUUGCCAACGGGUGCUUCGAUGACCCUUUCGGUACCAGUGCCACAACUUCCCAUCCGUAGCUGCCUCAGCCCCGCACAAGGGGCAGAGACUAAUGUCGACGGCGUUGUAAUAGACGACGACAAAAUGCAAAAUAUGGUAUCAAUCGAAUCAUCCGUAUCCGCUUUUCUCACUAGUCUACAGUUGGAACAUUUAAUUGAACUACUCGAGCGAGAACAAAUCACAAUGGACAUUUUGGCUGAAAUGGGCCACGAAGAUUUAAAACAGGUGGGCGUUUCGGCGUACGGCUUUCGUCAUAAAAUACUGAAAGGGAUUGCAACAUUGCGUGCAACCACAGGUCUUGGAUUAACUCCAAAUCCGGGUACUCUCCUGGUUGAUCUACUUCCCGAUGACAAAGAGUUUCUUGCCGUCGAAGAAGAAAUGCAAGCAACUAUAAGAGAGCACCGAGAUAACGGCCACGCUGGCGGUUUUUUCACUCGAUACAAUAUUGUCAGAGUGCAAAAAGUACAGAAUCGAAAACUGUGGGAGCGGUAUGUCCACCGCCGUAAGGAAAUCUCAGAAGAAAACGGUCACCAAGCCAGUGAACGAAUGCUGUUUCACGGGUCAUCCUUUAUCAAUGCCAUCGUGCAGAAGGGUUUCGACGAGCGGCACGCCUACAUCGGUGGCAUGUUCGGAGCAGGGAUUUAUUUUGCGGAGCACAGUUCCAAAUCGAACCAGUAUGUUUUCGGAAUCUGUGGUGGUAUCGGAUGCCCAGCACAUAAGGAUAAAUCGUGCUAUCAGUGUCAUAGACAAUUGCUGCUCUGUCGAGUGGCACUAGGAAAAUCGUUCCUACAGUUUAGUGCAAUGAAGAUGGCGCAUGCGCCACCUGGGCACCACUCCGUCAUUGGACGACCCUCGGCUGGUGGGCUGCAUUUUCCUGAGUACGUUGUAUACCGUGGCGAACAGGCCUAUCCUGAGUAUCUGAUCACAUAUCAAAUCAUGAAACCGGAGGACAGUACCAGCUCCGAGGAGCCAGCUAGAUGAUGGACAAUUUCCGCAGUCAACAACAUCGGUCAGAACAACAACAUACUCUUUGCAAACAGUAGCGCCACGAACAAUAGCAACAGCAACAGCAGCAUCAAUAACAAUCACAGCAAUGGUAUCGGCAUCACGUCUACUGCUAUUGCAGCAGUACAUGCUUCCAGUUUCACCCGGAUCCGGUCUACCACGCGAUCGACAAUGGCCAAGGCGACUGCGGUGCGAGUGUCCACGGGAAAAAAGUUUAGUCAGCUGCUCAUCAUUACGCCGGCGGUCGUAAUUGAUACCAGUAACGACGAUGGCUAUAUUGGUCCAUUCAAUUCCCACGAUAGUGGCUGUGGUAGCAGUGGAAGUGACGCUAGUUUGGAGAGCAACCCAGGCAACGAACAGGUGAAUGUUAAUAGUAUUAGUAGUGACGGAAAUAAUAACGAUAAGUCGAAUCGAUUGAAACUGUUGCCUAAAGUUCGGCAGCAGACAGGGAGUAAAGUGGCGUCAUCAUCGACGACGGGAUGUGGGAAUAGCCAGGGUCCUUCUUGGCGCUGGUGUUCGAUCAUUUGCUCUGCAGUUCGGUGUUUCAGGGCUGCCUCUCAUACCCAGCAGCAUUUUGGUCCAAUUCGUUAUAGUUCUAGUGGCGGGGGUGCAUCAACUAGCUGCGAGAAUUCAAUUAGGAAUCCGCUCACCGGCGGCAGCACUGGUGGAACGGAGCGUCGUAGCACAAGAUUCAACAGUAACCACAUCUAUGAAUAUACUAUCAAGAGCUAUCGGUCCAGAUCGACUGAACAUGACCGUGUUAAUAACAAUAACAGUAGUAUCAAUGAUCACGUAAAUCGCUCAGAAAGCAUGGCGGGCGAUAGAGCCAACAUCAUGUACAAGUUGUGACAGAAUUCUGGCGUAUCGAAGAUUUAUUUUAUUUUUUUCAUACUCUGGUUGUCGAUUGAACGAAUCACCAUACUGCCAUCUUCUAUGCCCUGUUUUUUUAAUUGUUUCACCUUUGCAUUGGCAACAUGUUCAGUGGCGUAUAAAUAUUGCAUCGUAAAACAAUUAUGGAUCAUUUCUUUAGACACAGUCCUUGCGUGCCAUCCUAACUGCACAACAGUCGAUUUACGGCGACAGCUUUUGUACUAUCAAAACAAUUAUCACUGUUUGAUUUCUUACGCUACUUGUGUUCGCAAAAUUACGCAUAAAUACAUAUAACUGCAUACAUCUAUCUCCGAUAUAUACAUAUAUUGAAUCAAGUAAUUAACCCACUGAGUUAAAUGCUUUGAAAGACAUUAUUAAUACCACAGAUAGCGAAUCAACAAUAAAGCGAAAAAAUCCAAACUCUAACAAAUAACGAAGAAUGCUGAUUCGACCAACAUUUUGUCACUGAAUAUUUUACUAUACUUUCAAGUACCAAGGUUAUAACUUCCUGGAUUUCAAACCGCAAGCAAAACUGUUAAAAUUCUGUGUUUAUUUCAUAAGUGAUUCAUAUUGGCCAAGAGACGGUGUUUGGUUUACAUAAAAAAUCAUGGAACCUACUCUGAGCGACGGUGUAUGGUAGAAUUUUAAAAAAAUGGAACCUAUUCCGAAAAAUUCUUAGCGCAUUACAUUUUCCCGCCACUGUUAUCGAAAAAGCCCAACAAACCAGCAAACAGCACUGACCGUGCAAUAUUGACAUGCGCAAAGUGAGAGUACUUAUAUCUUAUAAGGUCAUGAUUAGCUAUUUUGUUUCUUUCCUGUUGCAAUUAUACAUUCGUGAGUUUUGUGUUUGUCAACAUACUAAGCAAACUUUACGGUAAUUACACGAACCACAUUAACUGUUGGAAAGACAACUGAGCAAGUAUGUAUUCUCUAUACUCUAAAUUAGUAAGUAUAUUAUACAAUUAUUCGUCAACACAUGCGAACGCGAAUUCGACCGACAAACGACGGUAUGGUACGAAAUGCCAAUGACGGUUAUUUUUUUUUUUCUUAGGGUAAUAAAUUAUGAUGGAGAUGCAUUACACGUGA